AUGUCCAAGGCCAUGACGAUCCCGCCGCCCGUGGCCGAGCGCGACGAGCGGUUCCUCGGAAAGACGUGGGCCCCCAAGCACGGCUAUCGCACGUCCAUGACAUCCCUGGUGAACUUCAUACAGACGACCGACUUCGGCUCGCCCAAGCAGCAGCAGACGCUCCAUUCGCAGUCUCACCGGGGCAGGAGGCAGGUUCAGAGGGUGGCGAGCAGCAACUCAUGGCGGCACUCCACUCCCAGCACCAUGACGGGCGCCAGGCCGGGAAGCAGAGGCGGAGGGGGCGACCUUCAAAACACGGGGGCGGGGGCGUCGCUGCCUCGGGGUGGCCGCAGGCCGGGCAUCGAUAUCCCGAGUGUGCUCAACAGACCGGAGAUGCAGAUUCUCCGCAGGGAACUCACCGGCGGCUGCGGCAACGGGGGCAGCAACAACCUGAUCAUGGCGGCCGAGUUACACGCGGCAAUCGAGCGCCGAGACCCAACUGCCGUGUAUAAUAUGCUCCGCUCCGGAGUCGACCCAAACCUUACACGCAGCGGUGGUGGUGGUGGCGGCGGUGGUGGCAGCGGCGGUGGAAGAAACUACUACGAGCAGCGGUCGGCGGGGAGGCGACUGGCGGGCAACACUACUACCACAUCUGCCAGGAACACGGCGGCCAUGUCCCCCGAGGUGACGCCAUUGCACCGAGCCUUUUCUGUCGGAUGCCUGGACGCGGCCGUGUUUCUGGCGCUGGCAGGCGCCGACCUCGAAGCGACCAGCCCGUCAGGAGAGACGGCACUGGUGCGGGCGGUGCGGUGCGAAUUCCCAGACGACUUCCUCCUGCUGUGCUGCGAGCUGGGCGCGCGAGUCGACGCCGCCGACCGGCACGGCCGCACGGCGCUCCACUACGCCGCGGGCUUGGUGCGGCCUGACGAGUGUGGGAGCAGCGGACUGAGUGGUGGGCAAGCGCCGCCGGCGGUUCUAGUCCUGGCUGCGCACGACGCCGACCUGAACCGCCGCGAUGCCGAUGGGCGGACACCCCUGCACGCCGCCGUGGCGGCAGGCAAAACCCGCGCGGCGGUGCUGUUGGCUCGGAACGGCGCCGAUGCCGACGCAGAGCUGCCAGGGGGCGCCACACCGCUGCUUUUAGCCGUGCUGCGGCGCAAUGUAGCCGUGGCACAGGUUCUCUGCAAACACGGUGCGGCCGUUGACGGGCGGCGGCGGGGAAGGACGUGGAAAGACGGACGGAGCGGUUCUGUUGUCGCCAAGACGCCCUUGGUCUGCGCUAUCGAGGCGGGAUGCACCGACAUGGUUCGGGUGCUGCUCGAGGCCGGGGCCGACGUGAACUUGCGAUGCGGCUACGGCGCCGACAGCAGCAGCAAAGACGGAGGAGGCGCGGCCAGGUUCAGGAGCGGAGACUACCCGCUUCUGGCGGCCUCGCGGCUGGGCAACAACCAAAUAGUCGACCUAUUGCUCUCGCAUAAAGACACAGACCUGCUCCGUGCGGCAGAGAUCAGCGACGAGAACCAGGACAGCGAGGGCAUUGGUGGCGACUGGAGCGGGCAAACGCCCCUUCACGCGGCAGCGGCUGGCAACCACAUUGAGGUGGUGCGCCGGCUGGUCGCGGCGGGGACGGCAGUCAACCCUGUCAACGAGUACGGGGCCACGCCGCUGCUGCUGGCAGUGCGUGCAGGCCACGAAGCCGUGGCCCGCGACCUUUUGGGUCCCGGUGCGGCACCUGCCGAGGUACCGAGCAGAGCCGACCGCCGGACGCCGACGGCGCUAUGGCACGCCAUAGACCGGGGUCUCCUAGAUCUAGCGCGCCUGCUUAUUGAGCGAGGCGCGGAUCCGAUGCGGGAAAUCGACGACAGCAGGUCGACCUCUUUGCACCACGCUGCGCGCAAGGGUGCCGAUGUUAUCGUUACCAUGGUCCUGGACAGGCUGGACAGGGCUCGGCAGAUCAAAGAGACACACGCUACUGCCGAUGAUGCAGACAGUGGAGGCAGCGAGUCUGGCAGCGAUUCGGGCUACGCUAGUGUCGGCGACCAAGACAAAGGGUUAAAGGUCACCAUCGAGACCAUAGAAACCAAGGGCGGUGAUGGCGAGCACAACCCCCAAAAGCAGUGCCGUCAACCGACGGAAGAAGACCUCGCGAGUGAGGAUAGGCUUGCGAGAGAAGCAGUCGAGCUCAGGAUGUCGCUCUUCAUCAGCGCCGCCGAGGGAGGCCACCUAUCCACAACCAAACUGCUCCUACAUCGCGGCUCGCUCGCCGAAGUUGCAAACGCGCGCACGGCAGCAGGCGACAGCAUCCUCGCGGCCGCGACGGGCAGCCCCGAGCUGCUCCGAUUCCUACUGGGCCUGCGGAAGCCAGCGCCGGGCCACGCCAAGGAGGGAUGCGAGGACAAGACCGGGGAGGGCGGCGGCGGCGGCGGCUGCGGGCGGGGCCUGGGGGCAUCCCUGGCGGCGCUGGUGAGCGCAGUGGUGGGCGGCGGGCACAACCACAACAAGCACCAGGCGCGGCGGCGGCGGCUAGCAGCGGCCGACAAGGGCUCCGAGGCGCUGCUCGACGUCAACCGGCAGAACCGGCACGGGGCGACGGCGCUGCACUACGCGGCGCUGAGGGGCCACGCCGAGGGCGCCAGGCUGCUCCUGCAGCGCGGGGCGCGGCAGUCGGCGACGGUGGAGAUCUAUGAGUCGGCCGACGACCUUCGCGCCAGGCGGAGCUACCGGCAGGGCACCGCGGCCGGGCUGGCGAAGCAGAAGGGCUACGACGCGCUGGCCGACACCAUCGAGCGUCUGCAGGCGUGCUAG